AUGACAGAACAUUGCUCCGAGUUACACCAAGCGAAAGCUACAUUCAUUCUUAUUAUACAAGACAUCAAGGCCUUGCUUGGUGACAAGACCGACGAAGAGAGGAAGGAAGUGCCGCAGAGCAGUCUGGUUGACCUACUUUCCCUCGGUCGCGCAGGAGCCGGAUCAAAUCUAGAAAAUCUGCUACCGAGCACAAAAGAGCACCGUGACACGCUGCUGGACGUCUAUUUCGCAAAUGUAGAUCCUAUGGUGAGAAUUACCCAUAGGCCAACAGUGGUGCGCAAAUUUUCCACCUACAACGACGAAGCACAUCCUAUGGCCUAUGCCAUCUACUUCUCUGCGAUCAACUCUCUGCCUCCAAAGGUAGUACACAACAAGUUUGGCGAGACAAAGGAAUCGCUCCUCGAUCGAUUUCAGCUGGGUGUUGAGAUCUCUCUGGCUCGUGAAAACUAUCUCACAACAUCGAAUCUGGAGAUAUUCCAGGGAUUUGUUUUAUGGUUGACCUGCAUUACCAGAGAAGAGGAUAUGGGAAAAGCGUGGGUUCUGAUAGGCAUCGCAUUUCGCAUCGCUUUGAAUCAAGGCCUGCAUCGAGAUCCAUCGUUAUUCCCGACCGGCUCCAUGGACGCUCUGACUAUUGAGCUACGUCGGCGUAUGUGGCAUCAACUAGGGCAUUUGGAGUUCCGGGCAGCAGAAUGCAAAGGGCAGGAACCGAGCAUCACCGAAGACUUCUACACGACGCUAUUUCCACGAAACAUCAACGAUGAGGACCUUGUAGAUGGUGCAAGUCCCGGUCCGGCCCCGUAUGACGAACCGAAGUUUACUACUAUGACGUUCCAACUUGUCCGGUUCAACGGCAUGCGAGCUCUACGGCGUAUAGUUCAAAGCACUUACCGCCUUGAACGCCGCAUGCUAGACUCAGGACUCCAUGGAACAUCUCGCCCUGAUCCAGCACAAGAACUCAGAGAUCUUUAUGAGCAGAUCAAAGUGAUGCUCGACGAAGUUCACGAAGAGAACCAGCGAAAAUAUCUGCAUAACCUUAACCCGGAGGUGCCAAUGGAGAGGCUGACGCUGGGACUGGCUUCACUGUUGGAGUGGCGUGCCUACUUACUGUUUUGGCUUCGGAUGCCGCGUGCUUACCGCGAUGUAGUCUUUUCGGACGAGAUCCGCCGAUCGAUCUUCGAGAAGUCAGUAAACUGCGUCGAAACACUAAACGGAGCGGCAGCCGAUGUCGAUGCUGCUCGCUUCCAAUGGCACAUUGGAGGAAUCGCGUCUUUCCAAGCCAUCAUGCAUAUCCUAUCAGAACUCCGCAACCCCCUCUUCAACGCACCUGACCGCCAACGCGCUCUAAGAGCCCUCCAGAUGUCUCGUAUCCUCCGCGAGAACAACAGCGCCAAAGCAUGGCAAGCAGUCAAAAACAUGAUCGACAAGGCCGUCUCAGAACACAAUCUCUCGCCAAGAGGGCCGCCGCAGCCAUCGACUACCUACGUCAGCCAACCCAUCGUGCCUUCCAUUCCCAUGCCGCUGAACAACAACGCACCCAACAGCAACACGGGCGUAUAUCCGGCAAUGCAAGGCAUCCCAAGCUACGCCUACCAAAACCCGUCUGCAGCUUAUAACCAACAAAACAUGCCAGGGCCAUCUCAACCAGAACCCAUGCAAACUCAACCCGACUUGCUACAGUCCAUGCAGUCCAUGCAAGACAAUGCGCCUUGCUGGGACGACAUCAAUCUCAACAACAUCAACAACAUCGUAGGCGACGUACAAGCUAGCACGGAUGUAAUUCCCGACUUUGAUUUCGGUUUCUGGGGCGACCCUUUUAACUACGAAAAUGAACCUGCAGCCAUGCCGUUGCAAGAUGGCUACUUUCCUCAGUGGAGUGGGGGAAUAUGA